AUGAAUACAACACCAAUAAGACAUAGUGGUUUACAAAAAGCAGUGUUAUCAUUAUAUAGAAGUUUUUUAAGGGUUUCAAAUAAAAAAGAAAUGGAUAAUCCCUCUUCCUCAAUUUCAAAUUAUAUUAAAACUCAAUUUAGAUUAAAGGCAACUACAAUUCAAAAAAGAGAUAUCAAUAAAAUUGAAUCAUUAUUAGUUAAAGGAAAAAGACAAUUAGAACAAAUUCAAGACCCUGAAUUCUCUGGUUUCGCUGUAUUCACUCCAAAAUCAAAAUAA